ACAUCAAACUCCUGCAGUGGGAAACAACCUGUUCACCGCUCCCACAUUUCCAAGUAGGGGAUGAUGGCGUCAUGAAGAGUUCCUCAAACAUCUCUGACAUUCCGAUACAGACAUCAAACCCUCAUCAUCCACAGGACUGAACUCUAAACUCCUGACGCUUCUUACAGCAGAACCAUCAUGAUGUUGGAAAUUUACCUGGUAAUGACAGUUGCUGCCAGUGCUGUUUCCCAAGAGACAGAAGAGCAUGUAUCAUAUACGUGCACAGAAGGCUAUGAAUAUGAUCCCAUUAAAGAGGUAUGCAAAGAUAUUGAUGAGUGUGCACUUGUCUCUGAUACCUGCAAAGGAGGCAUGAAGUGCAUAAACCACUAUGGCGGCUACCUCUGCCUCCCUCAGAAUGCCCAGAUAUUUAUCACUAAUGGAGACGAAUCAUCCCAGCGCACAGACCCUAUUCCCCAACCCCCCCUUAACCCUCUGAACCCCACUAACCCACAGACCCCACAAACACGCACCCAGUCAAACCACAGAGGUGUAGUAGCUGGAGCCUCACAGUGCUUGCCGGGUUUUACACUGGAUGAGCAAAACUACUGCCAAGAUGUAGAUGAAUGCUCUCAAGGCCUACACACCUGCAAUGCAGACCAGAUCUGCUACAACACAAGAGGCUCAUACACCUGUCAAUGUCAUCCUGGAUACCAGAAACAUGGAGAACAGUGUGUGGAUAGAAAUGAGUGUAUGCUAUCACACUACUGCAUGCACAGAUGUGUGAACACUGCUGGCUCUUAUUUCUGUGAGUGUAAAGAUGGCUACCAGCUCGCCAGCAACAACCACAGCUGUGUAGAUGUGAAUGAGUGUGAUCUGACUCAACCGUGCCAACAUCAGUGUUUCAACCUCUUGGGCUCAUAUAUCUGUCAGUGUGAUCAGGGUUAUGAACUUGCACCGAAUUCAGUCUCUUGUGUGGACAUUGACGAGUGUGCAUUCUCCAGCUACAUGUGCCAGUAUGUGUGUAUUAACAGCCCGGGUGGAUAUUCCUGCAUCUGCCCAGAGGGAUAUCAGCUGCAGAGAACAAGAAUGUGUCAAGACAUCAAUGAGUGUGACACAGGUCACGAGUGUAGGGAAGAUGAGAUGUGCUGGAACUAUUACGGAGGUCAUCGCUGUUACCCUAAGAACCCGUGUCAGGAGCCUUACGUGCUGACGUCGGAAAACCGGUGUUCGUGCCAGUCUGCUGGUGCAUGUCGAGGCCUGCCGCAGUCUAUCAUUUACAAAUACAUGAGCAUUCAUUCAGAGCGCACCGUACCAGCAGAUAUCUUCCAGAUUCAAGCCACAAACAUCUUCCCCAGUGCACACUACAGCUUCAGGAUUAAAGCUGGCAACGAUGGAGGAGAGUUCUUCCUUAGGCGGUUCAGCAGUGUUGGUGCAAUGCUGGUCUUGACCAAGUCCCUGGAGGGCCCACAGGAGCUGAUCGUUGACCUGGAGAUGAUCACUCAACACACAGCAAUGACCUAUCGCUCAAGCUCUUUCCUACGGCUCACCAUCAUCGUGGGACCCUACCCCUUCUAACAACACUGCUGCUUCACACAUUUAUACACAUCCAGACUGCUUGCAUUAAAGUUACACGCAGCAACGGUGAGAUGUUAUGAACUGUUCUAAUGUGUCUUCAUCUCGCAGUCAUCAUAAAAUAAGCUGACUCUUAUUCAGGGCUUCAGACUUCCACUAAAAUGGUUGCUAAUGUGACAAAAAAUUUACAUUUUAUGACGACGUUUAAAAUCUAAACACUUUAUUGGCUUGUCGUAUUUUAUCAGUCGCAGAGGGGUCAUGAGCAGGGUGGUAGGUGUAGAGAGGAUAUUUAGUUUGAUGGAUCUCCUUGAAUGGAUGCUUUUGAAUUAACACCUACUGUAUAUGAAGGAUGGGUGAUUGCUCGUCACACACAGGUAGUACAGUACGUUUACAAAAAAAUGUCAUCUAAUCAUCAGUUUAUAAACAUUUGCUAGUACAACUGCUUGCUUUCAGAGUUAGU